GGCUGCAAGAACCUGAACUUCCUCUUAGCAUUUCAUAGCCUUCAGUUCCCACUCUGCUUUGUCCCUCUUCUGACAGAGGGAUGAGCCGCUGUGCAGAGAGCCUGAAGGGCUUCCUAGCCCGGAUCGAGGCCAAGGCAGGGCAAGAGAAGGGGCAGCUGGCUGAGGAGUUCCAGGAAAUCAAAGCCCGGGCAGCAGCAUUCCGGCAGCAGCAGGGCAUUUCAACAGAAGCUGGGGGCAACAAGGAGAAUAUCAAGAAGAACCGUUACAAAGACAUCUUGCCAUAUGACCAGACCAGAGUUGUUGUGAACUUCCUGACAGAAGAAGCCCAAGCUGAUUACAUCAAUGCAAACUUUAUUCAGGGUGUGGAUAACAAGCAGUGUUAUAUUGCAACCCAGGGGCCUCUUCCACACACAGUGCUGGACUUCUGGCGCAUGAUUUGGCAGUACAAGGUGAAGGUGAUUGUCAUGGCUUGUCGGGAAGUGGAACUAGGCAAGAGAAAGUGUGAGCGCUACUGGCCUUUGGCAGAGGAAACCUUGCAUUUCGGAUCCUUCUCUGUGGCACAGGUUAAAGAACAGGAACUCAAUCCAGAUGUUAUUUUGCGGAUGCUUACCCUGACCUUUCAGAAGGAGGAGCGGGAGCUAUCUCAUUUCCAGUAUGUGGCUUGGCCAGACCGGGGCAUCCCAGACACUUAUGGCCACUUCCUUGGCAUGAUUGAGCAAGUGAGAAGCAAGCAGGGUGAGAGUACUGUGCCCAUCUGUGUGCACUGCAGUGCUGGCUGUGGCCGGACAGGUGUGAUCUGUACCCUGGAAUACAUACGGCAGCUGCUGCUGAAACAGAGAAUCCCCCUACAUUUCAGUAUUUUUGAUGUUGUCCUAGAAAUGAGGAAGCAGAGACCAGCUGCUGUUCAGACCCAGGAGCAGUAUGAGUUUGUAUACCAUGCGGUUACUGAAAUGUUCCGGGCUGCCCUGAGUUUAUCUGACUCAAACUAUGAAAACGUCAAAGAAAACCGUCUUCCCCUCUAUGACGACGCCCUCUCCCUCCGACACCUGGCUGUGGCCCCGCUCAAACGAAGCACUGUCCUCCACCGGAGCAUCUCAGUGCCGGCUGACCCUCAGACCACAUCAGUGCCAGAACAACCACCCAAGCUCGCCAGGGACAUGGGUGAUACCUAUGCAGUUGUGAACAAGCUCCGGCGAAGUGGAUUGGGUGCUUCUCCCCCUCCUCUUCCUCCCAGCAACGAGGGACCCCUUUAUGCUGCUGUGAAGCCUCGGAUGAGCAAUGUGCCCGACACCUUGGCAAUUGACCCCAGUGCCUUUGCAGGAGUGCAAGCCAGUCACUCGCUGCCUGGAAGCCCCAUGCACCAGCCAGCUUCCGCGGUAACCUGUGAAUACGCCCAAAUUAACCCAGGAGAUUCCAAUCCCAGAGUCACCUCCUCAUCUCACAUCAAUGGAUUAGGGAAAAAGCCCCUGAGGAACCUGCUGCCCACAGUUUUUAGUUCAUCACCUGGGAAGAAAGCCCCACCAUCAACACGGACUGCCCCCACCCAAGAAUAUGAAGAUGUGGGCAACAUCUGUCCCAGGAGUAGCCCAAAUGUGGUGUUAUCUUCUGCCAAUGGAAUGGGGUUUAACUUCCGCAUUGGGAAGCCCAAGGGACCAAGAGACCCUCCUGCUGAAUGGAGUCGCAUCUAGGCAGUAUGACAGAGAGACAAGAACACUGCUUCUGCCAUUGAGCAAUACAGAUCGGGACCAAGACUGCUGCCUGCUCACCCUUCCUUAGGGAACAACUGUAAAAAUAAUAACCACCAGCAAAUUGUGCCUCUGGAGCCAUGGACCAAAAGGGAGCAACAGUUGCAUGCACUAUACUCCAGGAGACUUCUCUACCAGAAGAGGAGGAGAUGACCUGUUUGAAAUGUUGGGAUCCACCAGCUAAGGAUCGUGUGAACCUGCAGCCAACUUCUCUCCAUCGGCUUCUUGAGCAGCUCUUAGUUGGCCAGGAAAGGUUUGCCAGCUAAAAAAUUGAAGCCUGGUACCCCAUGCCAGGAACCAUCGAUACAGCACAUCCCUCCUCCCAUUAAACAAUAUUUGCUAAUUUGUGAGUUGCGCUUUUAUCAACAGCCACUGGAGCAAAUCCAUUCCACCCAGGAGUCUGCCCCAUCUUAUGUCAAUUUACAUUUCUCCACUUACUACAGUCAUUUCUGCAACCUAGUCUAAGGAAUGGAAGGAAGACAUUUGGUGGCUUUGGGACUCUUGGUCUUCUCCCAUCUGGAGGGGGUAAAAAUCAGCACUUCA